UAAAUAAAUACUUCAGCUCAGAGGUUGAAACAUACAAUUAUAUCGUGAACAUAUUAAAUGGGUGGUGCAGUGAGUAUGGUAAUCCUUUUAAUUCUACUGCUAAACAUUGCCGGGAUAUGCAAUGGAGGUGUCACUAGUGACUAUGUUAGGAAGCCUGAAGCCUCUGUGGACAUGCCGAUUGACGCCUUCCCUCCACCUUCUGGUUACAAUGCACCUGAGCAGGUCCAUAUAACUCAGGGGGAUCAUUCUGGGAGGAGUGUGAUCAUUUCUUGGGUGACCCCUCUAGAGCAGUACCCCAACCUUGUGAAGUAUUGGGAAGCGAAAUGCCCGAUCAAGCACAAAUUUAAAGCUCAGUCCAGACCCACAAUUUACAAAUACUAUAAUUAUAUUUCCGGUUACAUUCAUCAUGCCACCAUUAACGGAUUAAAAUAUAAUACCAAAUACUUCUAUGAACUCGGGUCUGGCACUGGAACUCGCCGGUUUUGGUUCACCACUCCUCCAGAAGUAGGACCCGAUGUUCCAUACACAUUUGGGAUUAUGGGUGAUUUGGGACAAACAUAUGCAUCUAAUACGACAUUUGAGCAUUAUGUUUCGAACCAAAAUGGACAAGCAGUGUUGUUUGUUGGUGAUCUUUCUUAUGCCGACCAUUAUCCGUUCCAUGACAAUGUGAGGUGGGAUACAUGGGGCCGUUUUGUUGAGAAGAGCACUGCAUAUCAGCCAUGGAUUUGGACUGCUGGCAAUCAUGAGCUUGAUUAUGCUCCAGAAAUUGGUGAAAACGUUCCUUUUAAGCCAUAUAUGCAUAGGUACCAUGUCCCUUACAGGGCAUCUCACAGUACAUCUCCACUUUGGUAUUCCAUUAAGCGCGCAUCAACAUACAUAAUUGUCCUUUCUUCUUAUUCAGCAUAUGGGAAAUAUACUCCUCAAUACGAGUGGCUUCAAAACGAGUUACCAAAGGUUAAUAGAGCUGAAACUCCAUGGUUGAUUGUUCUUCUUCACUCUCCUUGGUAUAACAGCAAUGGCUACCAUUAUAUGGAAGGAGAGAGCAUGAGAGUGAUGUUUGAGCCCUGGUUUGUUGAUCACAAAGUCGAUAUAGUCUUGGCUGGCCAUGUGCAUUCGUACGAGCGUUCAGAGCGAGUUUCAAAUGUGCAAUACAACAUAACAAACGGAUUGAGCUCCCCAGUUAAGAACCAUUCAGCUCCUGUGUACAUAACCAUUGGUGACGGUGGAAAUAUCGAAGGCAUUGCUAACAGAUUCAUUGAGCCACAGCCCAGUUACUCAGCAUAUAGAGAAGCAAGCUUUGGACACGCAAUUCUUGACAUAAAGAACCGAACUCAUGCUCAUUUUACUUGGCAUCGUAACCAUGAUAGUGAACCUGUUGCUGCUGAUUCACUGUGGAUGUUCAACAGAUAUUGGAAUCCACAAGAAGAGAAUAACUAGGCUAUGAACAAGUGUUAACAGUCAUAUUUCUGCUUCAGUAGAUUAGGUUGUUUAUCUUUUUCAUUCACCAUUUUGCUCAACUAGCUUUUAUGUUUGUGAUCUCUGCGUCUUUUAUUUGUGCUGUUAGAUUUAUGACCUUUAGAACAAAAAGGAAUUCAACUUAAUUAAUUGUUUGCUGGCAUCUCAACUGUUGACCGCAGCACUAUGGUUGUUUGACUUGAGUGAAUUCAGUAUGGCCUUUUUAUUUCCACCAAGUACCAACUAGUGGCUGAAGUUCUGUGUCUUAGUUGUUAAUUAUAGCCCUUUCACUCCGACUACUUGAUAUCAAGACCUAAUAUAUAAUUCUAUUCA